CAACACGGACAACCCUCAGCUCUGUACCAAAUCGAUUUCAACUCACCUCAAGCCAGGAACGAACCAAAUCGAUCCUGUUUCGGCGCUGAAGACCGAAAUUGGGGAAUCGAUUAUCAAGGUGCAGAAUGCAAUGGAAAGAGCGCGCGAACUCCGCAAAGAUCCAUCGACAUCGAAACUCGCAAACGUGUGCUUAGCUACUUGCCUUGACACUUACAAUUUGGCGAUCUUUGACCUAAAAAAAGUAUUGGAAUCGAUCGAACAUCACGACGCUGGUACAAUGGAGAGCUACCUCAGCGCCGUACUCUCCAAUAUCGGGACCUGCGAUGAUUCUUUUGCAGAGAUGGGCUUGGUUUCGCCAUUGGAUAAUCUUGCAAUCGAGCUGAACAAGUUCGCAAGCAAUUGCUUGGCGAUUUCCAAAAUGCUUCUGUAAGAUUAACCAGGUCGUUUGAGUUGGAGAAGACGAUCCAUUCGAAAUUGCCUCUUCUUCUUCAGCUCCACAGAUUUCGUUUGGAGAAGUUGAAUCUGCUCUGCACAGCCUCCUCUUAUGAAUUGGUUCUGAAAGUUUCUUGUAAUGAAUUGAUGCAAUAAAUUCUUGUCAAGUGAAACUUUCAUUGGCAAUGGCAAAAUAUAUAUUAUAUAGAUCUCAUUUCAUAGUUU